GCAGGUUCUCCUUCGCCGGCCGCCCAUAUCUCUGCAUACCCACAACUCAAUCGUUUCGUUUGAUACGAGACUUACGACGAGAAGCGUUAUGUUGACCAUGCGCUCGAUGACAACCCUCGUUUGCUCUGCACUGGCUUUGCUGUUUGUUUCGUCGUCCAUCACUUCGGUGACUGCUGCUCCGCAGUUCCGCAGUGAGCUUCGACAUCGGAGGGUUUGCGGUACACACAUCUCCUCAUCUCGACGGACAGCUGCGGAGAAGUACUUCCAGACCCAUCGCGUGCCCGCUGCAGACCCCGAUGCAACGGCUACUUUGGACGUCUACUUCCACAUCGUCCAUGCGAACAAGACGUCCGAGGGAGGUUAUGUCACUGACGAACAAAUUGAAGAACAAAUGGAAAUCAUGAACAAGUCCUACGAGCCCACUGGACUCAGCUGGAACUUGGUGAACGUUACCAGGAUCAAGAGUCCUGAAUGGUUCGCGGCUGUUUCCCCGGGAAGUAAAGAUGAGAUCCAGAUGAAGAAGACUUUCCGGUACGGGAACGCGUCCGCGUUGAAUAUCUGGACUGUUGGAUUCCGUGAGGGAGAGGGCGCUGGACUUCUGGGAUACGCAACGUUCCCCAGUGACUACAAGGACGAACCGGAGGUCGAUGGCGUUGUUCUCCUCUAUUCCACAAUGCCGGGAGGAUCUAGUGCUCCGUACGAUAAAGGAAUGACGUUGGUCCAUGAAGUUGGGCAUUGGGGUGGGCUGUAUCAUACGUUUGAGGGAGGUUGCUCCGGCAAGGGAGACUACGUCGACGACACCCCCAAGCAGCGGGAAGCAGUCUAUGGAUGCCCUAAACCCAUAGCUUCAUGUCCCGGUGGGCAGAAGGCACUCGUCAAGAACUUCAUGAACUACUCUGAUGACGACUGCAUGGACAGCUUCACCGAGGGCCAGAUCACGAGGCUUCGCACACAGGUGCGGUCAUUCCGGGGUGUGAGCGUCUAG